CUGGUGGGAUCACAUCAUGGCCUGGGUCCCUCUCCUCCUCGCGGUGCUUGCCCACACCUCAGGUUCCCUGGUCCAGGCAGCGCUGACUCAGCCGCCCUCAUUGUCUCACAGGGUGGGAGACACCGUCAAUAUCCUGUGUUCUGGGAGCAGUGGCAGGUAUGACUGGUUCCAGCAGAAGGUCCCAGGAAGUGCCCUUCUCACUGUGAUCUAUGAAAAUGACAACAGCCCCUUAGACAUCCCUUUGCGAUUCUCCGGAUCCAAGUCCGGCUCCACGGGCACAUUAACCAUCACUGGGGUCCAACCCGAGGACGAGGCUGUCUAUUACUGUGGUGGCAGAGACAGCAGCAGUAAUGCUCCUAUAUUUGGGGCCGGGACCCAUUUGACCAUCAUAGGCCUGCCCAAGACCCCUCCCACCCCCCACCUCUUCCCACUAUCCCCCAAGGAGUUCCGGAAGAGGAACCAAGCCACCCUGGUGUGUCUGAUACAAGACCCCGACCCCAACCGUGUGAAAAUGCAAUGGGCGGCUGAUGGCAUCCUCCUGACAAAUAACGUGCACACCAGUCAGCUCGUGCGGCAGAGCAACGGGCAGUACCUAUCCAGCAGCUACCUGUCACUGGAUGCCAACCAGUGGCAAAGUCACAGCACAUACUCCUGCAAGGUCAAGCACGAGGCUGGCAAUGUGGAGAAGACAGUGAACAGAUCCUAG